AUGGCGACUACCGCAACAACCUGCUCGGACGUGCAGCUCGUCUGCCUCUCGACGACGCUCGUGGUCACCAGCGCGGACAACCACGACCACAGUCACGAGCAUAGUCACGAGCGCCUGCGGUUCCUGAGCUACGUGGAGACGCAGCACGAGGUGUCGCUCGUGUUCGAGGAGCAGCUGCUGGCCAAGUUCCCGCAGGGGGCGCUCGAGUUCGAGCCGCUGCGCUGGAAGGCGCUGCAGGUGGCGUCGGCCGGCACCGGCGCCUUCCUCAGCCAAUUGGCGGUGCUCACGCAGCUCACGACGGAGCUGGCCAAGCACGGCAUCAGUGUGUUCCAGAUCUCGACGUACCAGUCUGACUAUGUGCUGGUGAAGGUGGAGGACUUGGAUGCGGCUAUCGGGUGUCUGCAGAGCUUCUGCUCUAUUGAGAUGGAGAGUGGGGAGGAGCUGAGAGUUGCGGGGAACCCGGUGGAGGUGCACCAACACCCGCUCAGUGUGCCGGACGUGAAACUGCAUCUUGUCCAAUUGAACCGCACGUUUGUGAGGAGGCAUUUGUACUCGUUGGUGGAGUUGCUGUUCAAGCCGACGCAGCUGGAGGAAGAGCGGUUCUUGAGUUACUCUGAGACGGGGGACGACAUUUCAGUAGUCACGAGUGAUGAGAACUUCCUGGACGAGGCGAGGGCGCUCAUGGAGCAGGGAGACCAAGGAGUGCUCGUGUCGCCGGAUUUCUGGAGGCCUGUGCAGAUCGGCAACACCAAGCUGGGCUUUGCGGAGACGGGCAUUGUAGCUGGUCAGACGCGCGUGCUCGUCAACGCUGGCACCACGGUGUUUUACCUCAGCACCUACGCCACGGACUUCAUGCUUAUCAAGGAAGAUGAAUGGGAUGACGCGCUGCCAAUUUUGCGAGAUCACUUCCGUCUCACUGAAGGUGCCUUCGAGCCGCUGACAGCUUGA